AAACGCGGACCUCUUUCGAUAACACUAAUAAAAGAAGGAAAUAUAAAUCCUCUACAUUUUUACGAUUAAAUUCUCGAGUUAGAAACCUUUUUCGAGUGUCAGUGUAGCUGUGAAACAGUGUGAAGUGAAACUUUCGAGUGCUUUGGUGAAAUGGAAUUUAUCAGUUUCUCGGAUAUGGGAUUAUUCAGCUGAAGAUGUGGGAAACCCUUUGCUACGGAAAGUCUGUCAGGAAAAAGGGGCCUGGUUUAUAGGGUCCCAUCGCCAUGUCGAGCGGGGGAUGCUCGGGCCCCGGAGUGUGCGGUGGGGCCCGGCGGCGGCCCCCUCCGCCCCCCGAGCCCACCAACUCUCUAGCCGCAGAACUCAGCGAACUGAGUUUAGACCAAGGCUACCAUACCUUAGCUGACAGCGGCCCACCGAGGCGGAGGCGCGACAACAGGGAGCUGAGCGACGCGAUAUGGCUGAGAAUACUGUCCUAUUUAGAGGUGUCUGAGCUGUGUCGCAUGUCGCGUGUGUGCCGGCGAUGGGCGCGACUUAUCACGCGUCUGACCGCCCGGCCAGAGGUGUGGCGGCGGGUGCGGGCGGCCGGACCGCUGGACGUAGCGGCCAGGUGCGCCAGCGCAAGAGCGGGACCAUGCGCCAACGCUGUGAGGGAGUGGCGAUCUAAGGCCUGCGCUGUGACGAUAACGGGAGCCCAACUGCUUGUGUCUACGUUCAGAAAUAUUACACAUCUGGCUGUGACCAGCUCUGGGAGUAUGGAUGCUAGAAGUCUGGCCCCAAUAGUCACAGAUUUGGUGGACUUAAGGCAUAUCGAUCUCACAGGUUGCCCCAACGUGGACUGGCCAGAAUGGGGUUGGCUUGAAAGCCGAUUGACUACUAGACGACCCCCCGUUGAGUACAUAGACCUGACGGACUGCGGUUCCGUCACUGAUGCCGGCCUCUGCGCGCUGCUACAUACCUGUCCAUCGCUGCAGUAUCUGUACUUAAGACGCUGCACUCUAGUCACAGACGCCGGUGUCCGGUGGAUUCCCUCGUACUGCGCUCUGAAAGAGUUGAGCGUGUCCGACUGCACUGGUGUCACGGACUUCGGGUUGUACGAGCUCGCGAAACUGGGCCCGGCGCUUCGGUAUCUCUCCGUUGCAAAGUGUACACAAGUGUCAGACUCGGGCAUCCGUACUUUAGCCCGACGGUGCUAUAAACUACGGUAUUUAAACGCUCGUGGCUGCGGAGCUCUUGGUGAUGAUGGGGUGGAAGCUGUCGCCCGCGGCUGCUCCAGGUUAAGGGCUUUAGAUCUAGGAGCAACUGACGUCUCAGAAGCAGGUUUGCAGAUAUUAGCACGCUGCUGUCCUAACCUCAAGAAACUCGCGCUUCGGGGCUGCGAGCUGAUCGGUGACGAUGGACUAGAGGCUGUAGCGUACUAUUGCCGAGGUCUUUGUCAGCUGAACAUCCAAGAUACGCCUGUCACAUUACGAGGGUACCGGGCAGUGAAGAAGUACUGCAAGCGAUGCGUCAUUGAACACACUAAUCCAGGCUUUUGCUGAUGUUGUUGUAACUGUGAAAAAGGUGUUUAUAACAAUCGGUG